AUGAGGCAAUUUGGUAUUUUCGGUCGCGAGCCAGACACGAAGAACCCGCCGCCGCCGCCACCUGCUGACGCCAUCUCGCCCCCGGCCGCGCCGCUGCUGCCCGAACGCCGCACCUUUAGCUCCGCCUACUCGAUGGGCAAGGCCCUCGGCGAAGGUAACUUUUCGGUCGUCAAGCAGUGCACGCACAAGGCCACGGGCAAGCCGUUCGCGGUCAAGUGCAUCAAGAAGACGGCGCUCAAGAAGAAAGACCUUGACAACAUCCAUCGCGAGAUGGAGAUCCUGCGCAAGCUGGACCACCCCAACAUUGUCAAGCUCGUCGAUGUGUUUGACAACGAAGGUGACAUGUGCUACUUGGUCAUGGAGCUCGUCACGGGCGGCGAACUCUUUGACCGCAUAAUCGCCAAGGAGCACUACACGGAAGCCGAAGCCAAGGUGGUCGUGCGCACGGUCGCCGACGUGCUUGUCUACUGCCACGCCCAAGACAUUGCCCAUCGCGAUCUCAAGCCCGAGAACCUCCUCUACGCGACGGCCGACGACAACGCGGAGAUCAAGAUUGCCGAUUUUGGCUUCGCCAUCAUCGCCGCCGACGGCGUGGUCAUGCAGACCAUGUGCGGCACGCCUGGGUACUUUGCGCCCGAGGUCAUUGCCCGCCGACCGUACGAACAAAAGUGCGACAUUUGGAGUUUGGGCGUCAUCAUGUACAUUCUUCUGUGCGGGUUCCCGCCGUUCUACGACGAGAAUCAGAUCCAGGAAAUGGAAAAGAUCCGGAACGCCGAGUACGACUUUCCGUCGCCGUACUUUGACGACAUUUCGCCGUCGGCGAAGGACCUCAUCGCCAAGAUGCUGCUCGUGAACCCGGACGCGCGGUUAAGCGCGUCCGACGUCCUCGCGCACCCGUGGCUCGCGGACGUGGCGACGCCAAUGCCGCAGUUGCGCUUUGUCGGCACCAACCUCCACGACCGCCGGGAAAAGACGCGCGCCAAGUUCAAGCGCAGCGUCAAUGCGAUCAUGGCCAUCAACAAGACGGGUCGACUCGCAGGCAACAAGAGCCAGCGCAACGUGUAGGCCACGCACCUUGAAGCUGCUAAACACGAUGUUGCUUUUCGUCUCCAA